UAACAGACAACCGGCCACAAUUUGCCACUUUGGAUCCCAGUAAACUUAUUGACAUCAUCAGUUAGUAUGUCCCUUUCCAGGUCUCUGUCCAAAUGGGGGAGUUUGCUACGGCAUGUCCCAAAAUGCCAACAGCGCCAUGCAUCACAGUAUUACCCCAUUGAUGAGAGCAUUUUCGGCCUGACCGAAGAACAACAGCAGUUAAGACAGAGCAUAUUUCAGUUGGCGCAAAAGGAAUUAGCACCAAAAGCAGCAGAGAUCGAUAGGGAUGAUUAUUUCAAAGGAAUGAAGGAGUUUUGGAAACAACUGGGUCAACUCGGAGCGCUCGGUAUUACUGUUGAACCAGAGUAUGGAGGUAGUGGUGGAGGCUACUUAGACCAUGUGAUAUUAAUGGAAGAAAUAUCAAGGGCUUCUGCUGCUGUUGCACUUAGCUAUGGUGCCCAUUCCAACCUCUGCGUCAACCAGAUACGAAAAAAUGGUACUGAAGAACAAAAGAUGAAAUAUCUACCUAAGCUUUGUUCAGGUGAGCACAUUGGAGCAUUGGCCAUGUCUGAAGCUGGAUCAGGUUCCCACGUCGUUUCAAUGAAAUUAAGAGCCGAGAAAGACGGCAACAGCUACAUUCUCAAUGGGACAAAAUUCUGGAUAACAAAUGGAUCUGACGCCGAUGUCCUAGUUGUGUACGCAAAGACAGACAAAAAUACCAAGAAACCACAGCACGGUGUUUCGGCAUUCAUCGUAGAGAAAACCAUGCCAGGUUUCAAAAUUGCUCAAAAAUUAAAUAAAUUAGGUAUGAGAGGAUCAAGUACAGCUGAGCUUGUAUUUGAAGAUUGUAGAGUACCAGAGGAAAAUAUGUUGGGUGCUUUAAAUAAAGGCAUUUAUGUGUUGUUCAGUGGCUUGGACUUAGAAAGGCUCGUCUUAAGUGGUGGCCCGUUAGGUAUAAUGCAAUCUUGUUGUGACGUCGCAUUUGAAUAUGUACACACAAGGAAACAGUUUGACCAGCCAAUCGGCCUAUUUCAACUAAUGCAGGGUAAAAUAGCAGAGAUGUAUACAAAUUUGAGUGCGAGCAGAAGUUAUGUUUACAAUGUUGCAAGAGCUUGCGACAAAGGCCACAACAACAGAAAAGACUGUGCUGGCGUUUUGAUGUUCUCCGCAGAAGCCGCUACGAAAGUCGCUCUAGAAUCUAUUCAAUGUUUAGGUGGCAAUGGUUAUAUAAAUGAUAAUCCAACUGGAAGAUUUCUCCGUGACGCUAAACUCUAUGAAAUAGGAGCAGGAACCAGCGAAAUAAGAAGACUUGUAAUUGGGAGGACGAUAAAUGAGGAAUACCUCAAAUAAUGUCUAAAUAUUUAAUAAACGAAAUCAUAUUUUCUAAA